UGAUCUGAUCUAAUACUAAUCUAAUGUAACGGACUGAAAAAAGCAAAAGCGCUAGCGCACGAGCUAAGAUACCGUCCACUAUUCGCUCUCUCUCUCUCUCUGUCUCUCUCUCUCUCUCUCUCCAUCCCCACAACGCAUUGAUAGAUCCUAUUCCUUUCUCCCACCAGAGUUCCGAGUGAUUCAAAAUCCCCGCACAAGCGUGCAGGGAUAAAAGAGGGAUGAGAGAUACCUAGCAACAAGGGAAAGUCCAAAUAAAGCUCGAGUUGUGGGUGUGUGAGGUGAGGAGAGAGAGAGAGAGAGAGAGAGAGAGAGAGCGCAUGCGUGGGAGAGUGGGAGGGAGGGGGGUAGGGGAAAGAAGCAGCUGCUCCUCGCGCGCGACUCUCGAAGCGCUCGCAUAAGCCGUUUUGCCGGUCGACUGCUUACCCUCCGCUACACAAAACAAAACCAAAACACAUGCUCCUCGAUCCCCUCAACCCCUCCUCCUCCUACUACUACUACUACUACUACUCGUCACUACUAACACUCAUAAUAAUAACUACCACUACUGCUGCUACUCCUUGUACCUCUACCACCACUGCUGCAUCUCCUCCUGCUGCUCUCUAUUUUUUCUCUCCUUCCUGUUAAUUAUUAUUAGCUCUUCUCAUUAUAAAGGAGCUAAUUAUUAUUAAUUAAGACUCUCUGCUUUGCUUUGCUUUGCUUGGCUGGGCCUUGGUUGGCUUGGCUUUGUGAAAGAAAUUAAUUAAGAAGAAGAAGAAGAAGGAAGGGAAUUGUAUAGGGAGGGAGGUAGAGAAGGAGGGGAUCAGAAGAGAUGAUUACGGUGUCGGAUUUUUACCACGUGAUGACGGCGGUGGUGCCGCUGUACGUGGCGAUGAUACUGGCGUACGGGUCGGUGAAGUGGUGGAAGAUAUUCUCGCCGGACCAGUGCUCGGGGAUAAACCGGUUCGUGGCGCUGUUCGCAGUGCCGCUGCUGUCGUUCCACUUCAUCUCGACGAACAACCCGUACACGAUGAACGUGAAGUUCAUCGCGGCGGACACGCUGCAGAAGCUGAUGGUGCUGGCGGCGCUGACGGCGUGGAGCCACCUGAGCCGGCGGGGGUGCCUGGAGUGGACCAUCACGCUCUUCUCCCUCUCCACCCUGCCCAACACGCUCGUCAUGGGCAUCCCGCUCCUCAAGGGCAUGUACGGGGACUUCUCCGGGAGCCUCAUGGUGCAGAUCGUCGUGCUGCAGUGCAUCAUCUGGUACACGCUCAUGCUCUUCAUGUUCGAGUUCCGCGGCGCGCGCCUGCUCAUCACCGAGCAGUUCCCGGACACCGCCGGAUCCAUCGCCUCCAUCGUCGUCGACUCCGACGUCGUCUCGCUCGACGGCCGCCGCGACGCCAUCGAGACCGAGGCCGCAGAUCAAGGAGACGGCAAAUUCAACGUCACAGUGCGCUCGCUCCAACGCUCGCGCUCCGACAUUACUCCCGCCGCUCCAUGGGCUUCUCCAGCAACCCCGGCACCCUCCAACCUGCAACGCGAACGCCGAGAUCCUUACUCGCUCCAGUCCUCGCGCAACCCCACCGCCCGCGCGGUCUCCAGCUUCAACCACCGCUUCUACUCAUGGUCGGCCGCAGCUCCAAACUUCGGCGCCGCCAGACGCCUACCCGUGGCCGGGGCGGCGGGCGCCUCCACCCCGCGCUCAACUGAGGACGACGGCCCGCCGCCGGCGCAGCCAGUGUCGCGGACGCACGACACGUACUCGGCGCCCAACCCCAACGCGUGUUCCUCGCACCGCCGGAAGCGCGCCGAGCGCGCCGCGCGCCGGCAGCCGAGACGGGCUCGGCGCGCGGCGCGGGCGGCGCCGGUGGGGUGAAGAGGCGAACGGGCUGCGACGGAGGACCGGGGGACGAAGACCUCCCCUUUGUGUGGAGCUCCAGCGCCUCCCGCCGUCUCCCGACAUCUUGGAAACAAUCCCUAUUACGGCAUCGCCGUCGCCGCCGCCGCGAACGACCCCGCCGCAGUCAAAGAAGUCAGGCUCGCCGUCUCGCCCGGCAAAAUGGAUCGACGGAAGGAGGGGGAGGAGUACGUGGAGAGGGACGACUUCAGCUUCGGGAACAGGGGGAUGAUGGAGAGGGACGAGGGCGGCGGCGGGGACGAGAAGACGCACGACGCGACGGCGGGGAAGGGCGGGGGGCUGCACGGGGCGACGGCGAUGCCGCCGACGAGCGUCAUGACGCGGCUGAUCCUGAUCAUGGUCUGGCGCAAGCUCAUCCGCAACCCCAACACCUACUCCAGCCUCAUCGGCAUCAUCUGGGCCCUCGUCUCCUUCAGAUGGCAUGUUGAGAUGCCUGCCAUUGUCUCGGGCUCCAUCUCCAUACUGUCGGAUGCGGGCCUCGGAAUGGCUAUGUUCAGCCUCGGGCUGUUCAUGGCGCUGCAGCCGCGGAUCAUAGCAUGCGGCAACCGCGUCGCGACAUUUGCCAUGGCCGUCCGGUUCCUCGCAGGCCCAGCCGUCAUGGCCGCCGCCUCCAUCGCCGUAGGCCUCCGCGGCAACCUCCUCCACGUCGCCGUCGUCCAGGCCGCGCUCCCUCAAGGCAUUGUCCCCUUCGUCUUCGCCAAGGAGUACAACGUGCACCCCGACAUACUCAGCACUGCGGUCAUUUUUGGGAUGUUGAUUGCGCUCCCCAUCACGUUGGUUUACUACAUUUUCCUUGGCCUGUAGUGUGUGCGUGUGUGUACAUCUCUUAAGUUUACUUUUUAACUCUUUUAUUAGAGCACAACAGAGGAGUCGUCGACCCACAGCAAGGCAAGGGGAGAGAGGAGGGGGAGGGGGAGGGAUUAAUUUAGGGUUUGGAAAAUGGAGUGGAUCGAGUAGCAAUUUCCCGCAGUUUGUGGAGAAUUAAGGAGGAAGAGAAUCGAUCCGGUUCGGACCUGAUCGCAGUUCAAUCGGAAGACGAUGUUGUAAAAUGAUGUGAUAUUUGAUCUUAGAGCUCUUGUUUCUUCCUUUUCCUCGAAUUCCGCUUUUCUCUUUNUUUUUUUUUUUUUUUUUUUUUUUUUUUUUUUUUGAGUCAUCAAAUGUUGCGCACGACAUGCAUCUUGUAGGAAAUUGCUCUGAAAUGUUUAUUAGUCUUAAUUAAUACUCUUUGCCCAUCA